AUGGCAUCCUCAAAGUCUUACCUUGUCUUACCUUUACUCGUGGUGAUAUCAAUCUCGAACCUCCACGUCAGCUGGGGGGCCCGCAACCUGUUGCAAACUUCUCAACCGGCACUGCCCACAAUCCCUUCACUGCCUAAGCCCACACUGCCACUGCCCACCAUCCCCAACUUCCCAGCCGCCGCCACACUGCCUCCAUUGCCUACACUACCAACAAAUCCAUCCCUUCCCCAGUUGCCAACACUGCCGACACUGCCUACUGCCAUUCCUAAGAUGGCUCUGCCUCCACAGCUUGCAGCCUCACUUCCUACAAUGCCUUCUUUCCCGACCCUCCCGACUACCAUUCCAUCUCUUCCUUUCCCCUCAUCACCGCCCUCAAACUAG